AUAAGAAACUGUACAACAUAAUAUGAGCGGCAUUCACGAGCCCAGCACCGUAGCAAUAUUGAACCCCACGUUCUUACUAAGAAAGCGUUCAAAACGUAUAAAGGAGCCCAAGGUUUUGGAUCCUCAACUUCAUCAACUUCAUCCAGUCCCUUAAACCUCACUUGUAAUACCUGAAGUAUCAACCACCAGCAUGGCACCUUACAAUGCCAAAACAACUGCCGAAGACGCCGUCAACGAGCUCAAAGACCGACUCAUAGGGAAAAACGUCGUUGUAACUGGCGUAUCGCCCGGAGGACUUGGCACUGAAGUCGUUCGUGCAAUUGCUCCUUAUGCCAAGUUGAUCUAUGUGACUGGUCGUAACAAGGAUCGUAUCCACGAGAGCGUUACUUCCAUCAAGAAAGAUGUGCCGUCAGCGAACAUCAUCCCGAUAGUAGCUGAUUUGACAUCUGUGGAGUCCAUUCGCAGUGGCGCUUUAGAAAUCACGGAACCUAUUCAUAUACUGAUAAACAACGCUGCAACGGCACUGUUCGAGACCCUCCACCGCUCCAAAGAAGGGUUCGAGGCUCAGUUCGGAGGAGAUCACCUCGGCCAUUUUCUACUUACCAACCUCCUCUUGCCACGUCUACGCGAGGCCGCGACACCAGAAUAUCCGGCCCGUGUUGUCGUGGUCUCCAGUUUUGUCUACAGCUUCACACAAGCUCCUGGCGGCUUCCGAUGGGACGAUCCUGCAUUCAUCAAACGACCGGAAGAAUACACAAAGGCUGAAGGUUAUAUGCUAAGCAAAACAGCAAACAUCCUUCAUGCUCGUGGGAUUGCGAGGAAGUUUGCAACGGACAACAUUGUCGCGUACUCUUUGUCCCCUGGCAUAGUGGAGACGAACAUGAAUUUGUCUAUGCCUUUGGAUGAACGAGUGGCCUUGGGGUUUUUGAAUGAGGAUGGUACCAAAAGGGAACAUCCACACUGGAGGACCAUGGCUGAGGGAGCUGGAACUGAAGUCGUAGCCGCCUUAGACCCCUCACUCCUGCCACAUAGUGGGGCCUUCCUACUAGAUAACCAGCCCGCUGCUAGCAAGGACGUCGCUCCGGUGAUAACAGAUGAGAAUGCCGAAAGGUUGUGGCGACUUAGCGAGGAGCUCCUUGCUCCAUUCUAGGGCUUCUACUAUGUCAAUUUUGUAGGGUGGUCAUUGCCAUAAGCGACUGAUGAGGCGACC